AUGCCACGACGGUCAUCUCGGCCUGAUCUGACGUCGCCUGAAGCGCCUACGGCGUCAAAGCGACGCGCUUCAGCCAGACUGUCCGCCGCCGAACCGGGGGUCAAACGGGUCAAGUCAAACGUCGACCUGUCCCUCAGCCAGGCAAAGUCCACGAGCAGGAAGAGCAAGUACUUUGAGCAAGAAGACUCCGACGAGCCGGAGUUGGAGUCCGAUGUCUCUGCGGAGGAGUCCUCUGGCUCUGUGUACGAGGAAGCAGAGGAGGAAUCCCCCGCCGAGGAUGCGGAGCCGGAACAACUCUCCGACACAGACGAGGACGCGAAGAAGAAACCCAGUGCGAGGGGGAAGCAACGACAGAGUACCAGCAGCGGAAGCGACCCUAUGAAGGGCAAGGAGCUCUGGCGUGAGGGCGUCAGAGCGGGCCUGGAGCCCGGGCAAGAAGUGAUCAUCGCAAAGCCCAAGGCUCGAGAUGCGGGCAACACCCCGUACCAGGAUGAGACCUUACAUCCCAAUACUAGGCUUUUCUUGAUCGAUCUAGCUAGUAACAAUGACCGCCAAUGGCUAAAGGCGCAUGAUCCGGAUUACCGAGCGGCAAAGAAGGACUUUGAGACAUUUAUUGAGUCCCUCACGCCGAAGAUUGCAGAGGUGGAUGCUACCAUCCCUGAACUUCCUGUGAAGGACCUGGUAUUCCGCAUCCACAGGGAUGUUCGCUUCAGCAAGAAUCCACUUCCAUACAAGGUAAGCUAUCUUCCCCUCCAAGUCCCUCUCGCUGUGCCUGUCGCAUGCACGCAUUUCUCCGCUGCCUGGUCUCGGACUGGCAAGAAAGGCCCAUACGCAGCAUACUAUGUCCACUUCCAGCCAAACUCUUGUUUUGUUGGCUGCGGGCUGUGGAACCCCGAGACCGAGCCACUUGCACUGCUGCGAGAGGACAUCGACGAGAACUCGGAUGGCUUGAAGGAGGUACUCCGCGCGCCGGAGAUGCGUCGUGAGUUUUUGAAGGGAGCGUCCGACGAUGACGACGCGGUUGUGGAUGCUUUUACGCAUCACAAUAGGGAGUCUGCUCUGAAGACGAAGCCCAAGGUGAGAAGUGUUCUGUUGUUUAUUCCACCCUCAGCCCAAUGUGAAGUAUGGUGUCCCUUGAGGCAGACUUUACUCCUUCCCAUCAUCUUGUGCUUCGGUUUCAUUGUCAGCGGUUUGAUUAUUAUUUAUGGCUGGGACGCGGAGGUCUUGGAGGCAGGGGGCACAAGGUUCGCUAUCGAGGUUGCGUCCAUCGUCCGACCGGGAUUGGUCCUUGAAACGGAAUUCAUUCCCGUCUGCAUCGACCAGUACCAUCUUCCUGGCCUUGAUAGCAACGGUCUGAUGAGAUCAUAG